GCAUCACCCCUUCGGACUUGCGAGUUCUGAUUGAUUCGGAAGUCUGUUGAAGUUGAGAGUUGUCUUAGGUGGGUCACAUAUAAAAAACCCAAAUUCCACCAUCAAACCUCUUUUAUUUUCAUCGUUGCGUCGUUCCUCUGCGCCUCUCUCUCUCCCUGCUACAAUCAUAAGCCUACAAUCAUAAGGGGAUGGGGUUGGUGUUGCAACUCCCUAUAAGGCAUAGGGCUGGAUUGAAAGAGAAUCAAGGAGGAUGGUCUGACGUUCAUGAGGAUAUAUUAUCCUUGAUUAAGGCGAGAUUAUGUUAUGUUGACCAAUUACGAUUCAACUCAGUUUGCAGGGGCUGGCGCUCUGUUUCUAAUGUACAUCCUGCAGAUAAAUGGCCGUUUAUACUUGGAUUGGGCCGUCAGUUGCAUCUGCGUUUGGUGAUUUGCAAGUGCAAUCAUAUAACCUCUACGAUCCAUCCAACAACAAAGAAUACUUCAUUGGUCACAAAUUCGCAAAGUUGCCAGAUGAAACGGCGUUUGGUCCUGUAAGAUUCAGAGUCUACGCUUCAAAACAUGGCUGGGUGUUUCUAGCAGCAACAUCAGAGAUAACUGGUAACCGCCACUUGUUUUUAUGUCAUGCUUUUAACAGGAAAACCAUAGAUUUACCUGUUAUAAAAACCACCACCGGUGCUCGUGAUCCUGGCAACGUUACCGUGUCGACUUAUCGUAAUGGUGAUGCCGAAUGGUGCAUGUAUAAGUUUGCAAAUCUUGAGAAUAAAAUGGUUAAGGAUGCCCUAUACUGGAAUGGACUUUUCUAUUGCCUUUGUAGUUCUGGUUUGCUAUGGGCAUUCGACAUUGUUUGUGGUGAUUGGCGGCAGAUUCCUAUUGAUGCAUCCCAUAUUAUUUCUCUAGGAACAAGUAAGAUGGUGGAGUCUGAUGGAGUCCGUUGAAGUUGAGAGUUGUUGAGAUUGGUUCAAAUCUUAGGUGGGUCACAUAUAAAAAACCCAAAUUCCACCAUCAAACCUCUUUUAUUUUCAUCGUUGUGUCGUUCCUCAGCGCCUCUCUCUCUCCCUGCUAUAAUCAUAAGGCUACAAUCAUAAGGGGAUGGGGUUGGUGUUGCAACUCCCUACAAGGCAUAGGGCUGGAUUGAAAGAGAAUCAAGGAGGAUGGUCUGACGUUCAUGAGGAUAUAUUAUCCUUGAUUAAGGCGAGAUUAUGUUAUGUUGACCAAUUACGAUUCAACUCAGUUUGCAGGGGCUGGCGCUCUGUUUCUAAUGUACAUCCUGCAGAUAAAUGGCCGUUUAUACUUGGAUUGGGCCGUCAGUUGCAUCUGCGUUUGGGUCGUGAUUUGCAAGUGCAAUCAUAUAACCUCUACGAUCCAUCCAACAACAAAGAAUACUUCAUUGGUCACAAAUUCGCAAAGUUGCCAGAUGAAACGGCGUUUGGUCCUGUAAGAUUCAGAGUCUACGCUUCAAAACAUGGCUGGGUGUUUCUAGCAGCAACAUCAGAGAUAACUGGUAACCGCCACUUGUUUUUAUGUCAUGCUUUUAACAGGAAAACCAUAGAUUUACCUGUUAUAAAAACCACCACCGGUGCUCGUGAUCCUGGCAAGGGUACAUUCUCUACUAUUCCAACUUGUUCAAAUUGUGUGUUUUAUGUGGUUGACACGAGUUAUGAUGCAGUUACCGUGUCGACUUAUCGUAAUGGCGUGGAUUAAGGUAGACACAUUGGGCAAUCGCGUCAUAUUUCUUGGAGAUGCUUCGGAGUCGGUUUCAACGAGCGGGGAAAUGAAAGCUUUAGCCGGCCACAUCUAUGUUCUUGAUGGUAAUCAUCGUCCUUACUUGUAUAAUUUCAACAACAAUGACAUGUUUGAGACACAUUUCCCAGUGCUUCCCGAAGAAUAUGUGCCUACUUGGGUUGAACCUUAUUGAUUAUUGUAAUUCUCAACUCUCUUUUUUUUAUUUUAUUUUAUUUUAUGGUGUUUUUUAAAUAAUCUAUAGUACAAUGUGCGAGUUGAAAAUCAAAAAAA